GAGACGACAACAUGGCGGCGGUGUGAGUUCUGAGCGUUGAUCCCAGGGACCCAGGGAGCGGCGCGAGUGGCCGGGGAAGGUAUCCUUCCCGGGAGACCACCCCCUCGGGAGGUGGCCAGGGGACCCCCCAUGUCCUUCAGAGAGCCUCGUGGGACUGAGACUUGGGCGAGAUCAAUCAUACCGGCGAUUCUGAAGAGAAAGGAGAAACAGCUCUAAGUCUAUUUUUUCUCUUCAUUUUACCCAUUUCUUCCUCCCUCGACUUUCCACGAGGACCUGCCACUUUUUCCAUGGUCAUCUUGGGAAGUUUUAGGUUGGAAAUUAGGCAAAUAAAGAAUGCUGAUGAAAUAUUUUUCUCAAGUCCUCGAGAUUAGAAAAUUGGAUUAAAAAGCACCAGUUCCUUGCCCGGUGUCUUCACGAUAAUUCCAGAAGGGGGAGUCUUUUGGAAGAGUAGUGCAGGCUGGUGUGGGAGGUAUGAUUGGUAAUUAUAGUAACAUAGGUUUGUCUAGGGCUUUUUCAAGUCCCUUAUUUCAACUGAUCUUCACCUCAGCUUGGUGAAAUAGGCAGGGUAACUCUCAUUUCACAGGCAAAGGGCCUGAGGCUCAGCGUUUUAGAGAGACGUGCCCAUCUCAAACAAAUCUGAGCAGCUGCUGGAAGCCAGCUUCCCUUGCUCCGGGGUCAGCGUUCCCUCCCCUGAGCCCUAAGACCUAAUCUGGACCAGCUUUCUACCCCAUCAUCUCUCAUCUCUUCUAUGCACUCGCCGGGACUUUUCACAUGUUGAUGGGAGACUGUUUCAGGGCCCUGGGGCAGGGGCUGUCUGUAGAAUCCCCUGAGGUCACGGGCAGGACUCCAGAGCCAAUCAGUAACAGACAAGUAAUGGGACCCUCCUCCCUGUCUCCCCAGCUUGCAUUUAUUUGAUUCCACCUGAACGUACACUUCACAGUUGAAGAAGGCAAGACAUGUUCAGAGGAAACAAAUAGAGAGUAAAAGCCAGAUAGAGCUCCAAACUGGCAGGAACUCCUGGUAGCCAGAGGAGUACUCCCCUUGGAGUUGUGUUCCAGGUGCCCGAUGCUCUUCCAGGCAGCCCCAAGCCCCCUCAAGAGGACUAGGGGCAGCGGGGACUAUACCAUGAACUCUGGAUCAUGCCAAAGUACCAGCACGAUAGCCGUUCCUACCAUUGUUGGCAGCAGUGUGGCCAUGAGUGCCUGCAGCAGCACCGUCAGUGUCCGGCCCACCAGUGACAUGGACACUCAGAUAUGUUUCCCAAAGAAGCAGGACAAAGUGAGGAAGAGGGUCGUCUGGGGCAUUGAGGUGGCUGAGGAGCUGGAGUGGAAAGGCUGGGAGCUUGGGAAGGAGACCACCAAGAACCUGGUUCUGAAAAAUCUAUCCUUGCAAAUCCAGAAGAUGAAGUACAGGUACCAGUAUGAAGGGCCCCCCAAGACCAAGUUCUUCUUCACGGUCAUCCCUCAGCCCAUCUUCCUGAGCCCGGGCAUAACCCUCACGCUCCCCAUCAUCUUCCGGCCUCUGGAGGAGAAGGAGUACAUGGACCAGCUGUGGUUUGAGAAAGCAGAGGGGAUGUUCUGUGUGGACCUGAGAGCCACCUUGCCUUGCCACAAUCUGAUCUGCCCACCGUCUCUGCAGUUGCCCAUGUGUGCUGUGGGGGACACAGCCGAGGCCUGGUUCUGCCUGGACAAUGUGGGGGACCUGCCCACUUUCUUCACCUGGGAGGUCCCCAGCCCGUUCCAGAUGCUGCCUGCCACGGGGCUGCUGGAGCCAGGCCAGGCCUCCCAGAUCAAGGUGACCAUUCAGCCCCUUAUGGCUAUCAUCUAUGAAGCUGAAGCCACGUGCUGGUAUGGGGAGGGCAGCAAGCAGAAGAGCAGCAUCCAGCUGCAGGCUGUGGCCAAAUGCGCCCAACUACUAGUGAGCAUAAAGCAGAAGCGACCAGAAGACCAGGAUGUUGAGGGCUUCCAGAAGGUGCUGCAUUUUGGCUCCGUUGCUGUGGGCUGCACCGCUGAGAGGCAGAUCAAGCUGUAUAACCCAUCAGUGGUGAGCGCCCCCUUCAGGAUCGAAAUGGCCCCAGACAUGCUGGCCAAAGACCAGGCUUUCUCGUGCCCCACGGCCCAUGGCAUCGUGCCCCCAGGAGAGAAGAAAUGCGUGUCGGUGUUCUUCCACCCUGAGACCUUGGACGUCAGAACUAUGGACUACUUGUCCAUCAUGCCCUCUGGCUGUGCCUCCCAAACCCUGCUCAAAGUCGUUGGUUUCUGUAGAGGUCCUGCCGUGUCCCUGCAGCACUACUGCGUCAACUUCAGCUGGGUCAACCUCAGGGAGCGCUCGGAGCAGUCCCUGUGGAUUGAGAACAAGUCAGACUGCACGGCCCACUUCCAGUUUGCCAUUGACUGCCAGGAGAGCGUCUUCAGCAUCAGACCUACUUUUGGGACCCUGGUGGGCAAGGCCCGCAUGACCCUGCACUGUACCUUCCAGCCCGCUCACCCCAUCAUCUACUUCCGGCGGGUGGCCUGUCUCAUCCACCACCAAGACCCGCUGUUCCUGGACCUGAUCGGGACCUGCCACUCAGACAGCACCAAGCCGGCCAUCCUCAGGCCUCAGCACCUCAGUUGGUAUCGCACACACCUGGUACGAGGGCUGACCCUCUACCCUCCUGACAUCCUGGGCAUCAUGCUGAGGGAGAAGAAGCUGGAGCAAGAUAGGAACGGGGCCCUCAUGAUUCCCACUGAGGACCUGGAGGACAUGCCAGCCCUGCAGUAUCCCUUUAUCCCCCCCAUGACUGAGUACUUCUUCGACGGCACCAACGACAUGGCCAUCUUCCCCCCGCCCGUCAGCAUAGAGCCUAUUGAGGUGGAUUUUGGUGCCUGUCCCGGGCCCAAGGACCCCAGCCCUGUCCCCCUGUGCCUGGUGAACCACACCAAAGGCAAGAUCACCGUGGUCUGGACGCACAGAUCUGACUGCCCCUUCUGGGUGACCCCAAACACCUGUGAUGUGCCCCCGCUCAAGUCCACGGCCAUGCGCCUGCACUUCCAGCCACCUUACCCCAACACCCUCUACGCCGUGGAGCUAGAAGCCUUCGCUAUCUAUAAGGUCCUACAAAGCUACAAUAAUAUCGAAGAGGACUGCACCGUGUGCCCGUCCUGGUGCCUGACACUCCGGGCUCGAGGCCACAGCUACUGCACCGCCUUGGAGCACCACAUCCCCCAGUGUUCCCUGGACGCCCCCAAGCUAUUUCCUGCAGUGCCUGCCAGCGAACCCUCCUACCGCAGCCUGCUCCUGAUCAACAGAGGUUCCAUGUUGCUGACCUUCAACCUGGCCCCCAAAAGCAGCUCAGACAUCUUCCUUCGGCCCAGCUCGGGCCUUGUGGCCCCCGGGGCCCACCAGAUCUUCCUCAUCUGCACCUACCCCAAAGGAAACGCCUGGAAGCAGCAUAUAUUCUACUUGCAGUUCAAUUUUUGCCCCCAGUAUCUCAAGGAGGUGAGCAUGCAGAGCCGAGAGGAGCCACUGCAGCUGAAGCUGGACACCUGCAGAAGCGUCUUCUUCAAGCCCACCUGGGUGGGCUGCUCCUCCACCAGCCUUUUCACCUUCCGCAACCCCUCGCGUCUGCCCCUGGAGUUUGAGUGGAGGGUCUCCCAGCAGCACCGAAAGAUGCUGGCCGUCCAGCCCCCCAGGGGGCUCAUCCAGCCCAACGAGAGCCUCACGCUGACGUGGACCUUCAGCCCUCUGGAGGAGACCAAGUACCUGUUCCAAGUGGGGAUGUGGGUCUGGGAAGCCGGCCUGCCCCCAAACACCAAGCCCCCUGCCACCACCCACUACAUGCUCCGGCUGGUGGGCAUGGGCAUCACCAGCAGCCUCUCUGCCAAGGAAAAGGAGCUGGACUUCGGGAACAUGCUGGUGAACAGCAAGCAGUCCAGGCUGCUGGUGCUCCUGAACGAGGGCAGCUGCACCCUCUACUACCGCCUCUUCCUGGAGCAGGGCAGCCCCGAGGUCGUCGGCGAAGAUCCCCUCGCUUUGCAGCUGGACCGCAUGGAGGGGAGCGUGCCACCCCGGUCCCAGGACACCAUCUGCCUGACUGCCUGUCCCAAACACCGGUCCCAGUACUCCUGGACCAUCAGCUACUCUCCCCUCUCCCACAGAGACAACAAGGUCGGGGAGAAGCAGGAGCUGUGCCGCGUCUUCCUGACGGCCGUGUACCCCUUACUCUCCGUCCUGGACGCCUGCUCCAUGGGCAGUGCCGAGGGCAUCACCCGGAAGCACCUAUGGCGCCUUUUCUCCCUGGACACGCUCAACAGUUACUUGGAGCGCGACCCCACGCCCUGGGAGCUCACCUACAAGGUGCCCACCCGGCACAGCACAAACCAGAUCCCCCCCGUCUUCACCCCUCUGAAGCUCACCUUCAAUUUUGGGGCAGCCCCGAUAGAGGCCCCACCCUCUGUGGCGCUCCUGGCCCUGAAGAACAGCGGAGUGGUGCCCCUGGACUGGGCCUUCCUCUUUCCAAGUGACCAGCAAAUCGACCUGGAACUGUGGGCAGAGCAAGCAGAGUUUGACGCCACCGAGCUACACCAAAUGCGCGUGCAGGACAAUUGCAUAUUCUCCAUCAGCCCCAAGGCCGGGAGCCUGAGUCCUGGGCAGGAGCAGAUAGUGGAAUUCAAAUACAGCCACCUGUUCAUCGGCACUGAUCGUCUCCCAGUGCUCUUCAAGGUGUCCUACGGCCGUGAGAUCCUGCUGAAUUUCAUAGGUGUGACAGUGAAGCUGGAGCAGAAGUACGUGCACUUCACCUCUACUAGCCACCAGUUCACCCCUGUCCCCAUCGGCGAUACACUGCCCCCAAGGCAGAUUUAUGAGCUGUAUAACGGUGGUUCCGUGCCCGUGAGAUAUGAGAUCCAGACCAACAUCCUGUCGCAGGUUCAGGAGAAAAAUUUCAAUCACCCCAUCUUCUGCUGCCUCAACCCGCAAGGGGAGAUCCAGCCAGGAACGACGGCUCGGGUCUUGUGGAUCUUCUCGCCCAUUGAGGCCAAGACCUACUCCGUGGAUGUGCCCAUACACAUCCUGGGAUGGAAUUCAGCCAUCAUCUGCUUCCAGGGAGUGGGCUAUGACCCCCAUGUCAUGGGGGACACAGCCCCAUUCCACAACAUCUCCUCGUGGGACGACAGCUCCAUACCCUCUAGGCUGAUGGUUCCUGGACAGAAUGUCUUCCUGUCCCAGUCUCAUAUCUCCCUGGGAAACAUUCCUGUGCAGAGCAAGUGCAGCCGCCUGCUAUUCCUCAACAAUGUCUCUAAGAAUGAGACCAUUGCCUUCGUCUGGCAGCUGAGGCCUCUAGAUUUUGGGGAGGUGUCUGUGAGUCCUAUGAGAGGGAAGGUGGCUCCUGAAGAGUCAGUCCCAUUUGUGGUGACCUUAAAGGCCUCAGUGCAUGCCAGCUUCUACAGCGUGGACCUGGUAUGCAAGGUGUACCAGCAUGAACUCCUGAAGCAGUACAAUAAGGAGCUGCAGGAGUGGAAGGAUGAGAAGGCGCGACAGGAAGUGGAGUUCACCAUCACAGAUAAGAAAGUGAAGAGAAGGGCCUAUUGCGCAGCCUGUGAACCUGUGAGGAAGUACAAGACGCUGCCCCCCAUCAAGAACCAGCAGUCUCUCAACCGGCCUGCCAGCUGGAACCUUAAGAUCCCAAAGGAGGAGACAUCCUGGCCAUGCCCCCAGCCACCCUCACCAGGCAUGCUCUGCUUGGGCCUCACUGCUCGUGCCCAUGCCACCGACUACUUCCUGGCCAACUUCUUCUCUGACUUUCCCCGUCACUUCUUGCACCGGGAUCUGCCAAAGAGGAAGCAACCCAGGGAAGAGUCAGAACCCUCUGAGGAAGAAUCUCCUGACAAUUGGACCCAUGUCUCCAAGCAGAAGAAGCAGCUCCUGGUUGACUGUCUCACCACCAUCAUCAGGGGCCUGCUGGAGGACAAGAUCUUCCACGAGGCUGUGGACCAAAGCCUGGUGGAGCAGAUACCUUACUUCUGCCAGUUCUGGAGUGAGCAGUCAGCCAGGUCCAUGGCCAAGAACAGCAGCCUGCACUUAGCGCCAGUCCUGUCUCCGUCCUCCAGUAGCUUUGAGGACAGCAGGAGCAAGGAGCAGGAGGAGGACAAGCUGAAGCCAGGGAAGAAGGAAGCGGAGGAAGAAAAGAAGGGUGAAGAGGAAGAAGAGGCGCUGGAGGAGGAAGAGGAGGAAGAGGAGGAGACGGAAGAAGAGGAGGAGACGGGCAAGGAGGAGCUGGAGGAGGAGGAGCUGGAGGGGAACGAAGAGAAGUUGGGCUGGGUAGGGGUUGGGCCCACGAUGCAGCCCAUGUCCCAGGAAUCCCUGAAAUGGCAGUGGCAGCAGCAGCUGAAGGUCAUAGUGAAGGAGGAGCAAGAGCGGGAGGAGAAGGAGGCCAUCAGCCGGCUCCCAGCUUUCGCCAACCUGCAGGAGGCGCUGCUGGAGAACAUGAUCCAGAACAUCCUGGUGGAGGCGAGCCGCGGGGAGGUGGUGCUCACCUCUCGGCCACGCGUCAUCGCCCUGCCGCCGCUGAGCUUGCCCAGGGUUCCGACUCCCGACCCGCCGCCGGUGGCGCCCCUGGGGCCGCAGCAAGCGGAGGCGCCCCACCCGAUGGCGCCGCCCCCUACCGACUAUUUGCAGACCUCAGGGCCCAGCCCCUCCGACUUCCUGCCCUAGGUUCCGCCCGGCCCUCUCUCCACCUCCCCGCCAGUAAAUCAUCUAGCCUUUUUGUUA